AUGUUUCAAAAACAGACCUUCGGAACGACCAACACCGGUUUUGGUUCCUUCAACUCCGGAGCCAGUACAUCAUCACCGUUCAGUGGCUUCAAACCCGCGGCCAGCACCAGCGGCUUCGGAGCAGCCCCGGCCUUCGGCGCCAGUGCCACCCAGCAGCCCGCAACUGGUGGAGGUCUGUUCGGGUCUAGCAACACGUCGGGCGGUCUGUUCGGGGGCACCACCUCCACGAACUCGGGCUUCGGCUCCUCGGGCUUCGGGUUCGGGGGAGGGAGCGCGGGCGCGGCGGGAGGGGGAGGAGGGGGUCUGUUCAACAACACUAGCGGGGGGCUGUUCGCAAACAACCAGAACAACACCGGCUUUGGAGCUAAACCUGCUACUGGCUUCGGUUUCGGCGCGGGCUCCGCCCCGGCCCCCAGCGGAGGCCUAUUCGGGUCCCAGCCCUCCACGUCCACGGGCAUCUUCGGACAACAGAACAACACUAUGGGGACUGGCCUCUUCAAUAAUACGGCCGGUGGUUUCGGUCAGCAGGCGACGGGCACGGCUCACGUAAAGUACAACCCGGUGGUGGGCACCGACGUGGUGGUCAAGUCUGGCUCCUCGCAGAACGUGAACAUUAAACACCACUGCAUCACGUGCAUGAAGGACUACGAGUCCAAGUCUCUCGAGGAGCUCCGCCUUGAGGACUACGUGGCUGGUCGUAAGGGAGCCAGCGGAGUGUUCGGCUUUACUCAGACGGAGAACAAGCCGCUGUUUGGAGCUACCUCCACAUUCGGUCAGCCAGCUACUACAAGUGCCCCGAGUCUUUUUGGAUCUUCAAGCAUCGGUUCAACGCCGGCCUUCGGACAAACAAAUACGUUCUCUUUCGGCGGAGCGCAGCCGGGGGCGCAGACCACGGGACUGUUCGGAGCUAACAAGCCGGCCUUCGGAGCUACAACCAACACGGGCACAAGUCUCUUCUCAACUACAACAACCCAGGCCCCAGCCUUUGGCACCAAUACAUCCACAUUUGGUUUCGGAGCCAACACACAGAACCAGUCGGGAGGGUUGUUCAACAGUAAACCAGCGACCUCGGGCUUCGGUACAACGCCGAGCUCGGGCUUCGGGGGCUUUGGUGGGGGCAUGUUCGCUAAGACUAGUACAACCACCGCACCUUUCGGUACCACUACUCCUGCGUUUGGUUCAACGGGUUUCGGCACCAACACUUCUGGCUCAAGCCUGUUCGGGAACAACACGUUCGGGAAACCAGCGACCACCACACCGUCCUUUGGGUUCAACACACAACCUACCCUCGGUCUGGGUACCGGUCUGGGCUCCUCGUUCCAGUCCAAGCCGGCCAGCAGUGGGUUUGGUACCCUGGGAGGGACAGGCUCGCUGUUCACACAACCAACACAGAACACAUUCAGAACUGACUCGGGUGUGGGCGGAGGUCUGUUCAACAACACUAUGGGCUCGCUCGGCAACACACAGAUGAACAACACCAGUGCUACGGGUGUUUCUCUCGGCGGUUCGUCCAACGUUCAUGAACAGAUACUUACUCUAGUCGCCCGGCCAUACGACACGCCGCUCUUCAAAGACCUGGCGCCCGAUACAGCGACAUCUACGGAGGAGGUGUUGAAGCCUACCAACCCGUCAGCCGUGAGGGCGGUUCUGGAUUCAUACAAGGUGUCCCCCGGGAACAGACUGCGGGUGACCGUCAGGCCCGGAGGGGGGCAGCGACACGACAAGAAAUCUCUGUUCGAUGGAUUAGAGGAGGGAGACGCGAGUGUUGAAGACAAACUGACAACACGACCCAGUAGGAAGAGACUCGUGUUGAGGAACAGACCGGCAACUGACAGGUCGCUGGAGGAGAGCCAACAGAACGGCGGCGAGGAAAGACAGGCGGCGGAACACGACAAGACGGACGGAGAACACGCGCAGACUGACGCCGCGAACAACAGACACGGCAGCUGGCUCGCAUCUCCAAAGAACUCAAGCUCGUGGAAGGAGAACGAAAAGCCAGCGGAGACUGAACCGGCCCCCAGGCUGUACCCGGACCUGGAGAAGGAGCUCCCGCCGCAGGUGUCGGACAGACGAGCCAGCUGGUUGUCAUCUCUGCCCCUGCGUCCUUCACCAGGGUCUGUGGACGCGGAGAGCUCAGUCAGAGAACUUGUACGGGGAGGCAGAGACAAAGUAUCUGAGGAGGAGAACAUUCCCCCCCGGGAGACGGCCCCCCACCCCGCCGGGGUGAAGCUGACCAGGCCCGGGUACUACACUAUACCUAGCUUGGAAGAGAUGAUUGAGUACAUCCGGCCCGACGGCUCCUGCCGCGUGCCCCACCUCACCAUCGGCAGGAAGAACUACGGGAACGUGUUCUACGACUGUGAGAUAGACGUGGCCGGCUUAGACCUCGACCAGUUGGUCCACUUCCUCAACAAAGAGGUAAUCAUCUACCCGGACGAUGAAGUCAAACCUCCAGUAGGGUCGGGCCUCAACAGAAGGGCUGUGGUCACUUUAGAGAGGGUCUGGCCGCGAGACAAGAGCGAGAGGAGGCCCGUCACGGAACCAGACAGGUUACUGAUGAUGGACUACGAGGGCAAGCUGAGGCGCGUGUGCGACAAACAUGAUACGAAGUUCAUAGAGUACCGGCCGCAGACGGGCAGCUGGGUGUUCAGGGUGGAACACUUCAGUAAAUACGGCCUCACAGACUCCGACGAAGAAGAUGAUAUAACUCCCGACGUGCUCAAGAGACAGCUGGUCGACCAGAAGUUACAGAAGUCUGCAGCACCUCCUAAGCCCCCUCCACCUUCAGCCGCCCAACAGCCAGGCCUAGCAGGUCUAGGAGGUCCGGUCGCUUCAGUUACAUCGGGCCCGGGCCUGGGCGGGUCCGGAUCGGGACCUUUAGGCCCAGGCCUCACACUAGGACUAUCAACUACCUCUGUAGGGAGAGACGAAUACAUGGAACAGACAUCACUCAAUCUAUUGAAUGGCACCAGUAAAGGCUUCACCAUGGAUGUGACUGAGGAUGGAGACCAGAACAGUCUGUACCAAGACGGAGGUGUGUGUGUGAAGAGCCCCACAAGUGAACUAGCCCGACUGGAACACCGCGGCAGUCACCGACUGCAGCUUAUGAAGGCGAGCUUGUACGCUGAUGGAGCGGCGGACGUGAUGGAGGAGGUGUCUUCGUUCUCCACGGACCAGCUGGUGCCUCACGCGGUGACGUCACCACCCCCCACCAGCGACACGCAUCGAGAGGUGAUACAGACAGUGGAUAUGGAGCGAGAACAGACGGGAGUGUCGGAGGUGAUCUCUCGGCCCAUAACAGUUCAUCCUCAUACCGUGGUGCUCAAGUAUCACAAGAAGAUACCGCCCUUCAAGGAGACUAUAGCCGGUCGUCUCUCAGCAUCAUCCCUAGUAGACUUAUCUAUAUCCCGAGCCCGCCUGUCCCGCUGGUGUGGCCGGCCCGGAGUGAUGAUAGUACACUCCACCGCAGCCGCUGCUGACCAUCUGCCAUCAGUGUGUGACCUCGGAGCCCUAGGGCUUUACGUGUCGGGACGUGUCGACACAGACUGGAGCGAGCAGGUCAUCAUGAGGAUCGGCUUUGGAGCUCCGGAGGGGACUGUGGCUAUGGAGUGUCUGUCCCGUCAGCUGGGCAGUCUGUUAGAGUAUUCGGACACGGACACCACACGACCAGUCUGUCCGCGCCUGGUCGUGAGGCAGGAACCGAUACAGAGGAAGAGGCUGCUCGAAGAGCUCCUGGAACACGCCAGGCUCGCUGAGGACUAUAGACCCAAGUUUGGUGUGUCCGGAGAGUAUUGUGUCCAGGUGUGGAAGUUAUGUGAAGCGCUGUGGGGCUUGGACUUGGAAAAUGAUGGUGUUCCCGGUAACACAGAGCAGUAUAUAGUGUCCCAGCACCAGCGGUUGGUGGAGUGGCUCAAGGAAGUGGUGCAGAAAUCUACUGAUGAAGAGCUGGAGCAGCCCGGAGACUUGGAGGAUAUUGAUGAGUACGACGCUCACAGUAGUAAGGUGUGGUCACUGGUGGUUGGUGGUAGGACCUUGGAGGCCUGCAAGUUAGCUCGGGACAAGGGAGACUUGAACAUGGCCACCAUUAUAGCACAGGCUUGCGGUGAUCCGUCUUUCAAGAGUCUGUUGGAGCGCCAGCUGCGUGUGUGGCGUGAGUGCGGGGCGGAGUCUCUAGUGGCGGAGUCCCGGCGCGCCACUAUCAGUCUGUUGGCGGGACUUCGUCCCCGAGGGUACCUCGAGAAAUGUGACUGGCUGAGAGUACUACUAGCGGUUGCCUGCUACAUAUGUCCACAAGUGCCGACCCUGGAGCAGAUACUACACACGUAUGAGAGUUAUCUCACGAACGAUGAGAUGAGUGUACAGCAUCCGACACCCGCCUACUAUAACACGUACGACGCGCGGCUGGAUAACAACCCGUCGCCGUGGCGAGACCUGCGCUACGAACUGUUGACGGCGCGAGCGACGCAGGGCCGGCCUCGGACAGACACACACACAUACACACCCGACACUAUGGACUGUUCACUGAGUUUCCUGGUUGGUUCGUGGCUGGGCGUGUGUAAUUCCAGCAGCAUCACAGGCACGGCCGAGCAGCUGGAGGCGGCCGGCAGCUGGCACCUGGCUGUGCAGGUGUUGGCGUACCACCCCGACGACGUGCUUCGCGGUCAUCUAAUCCGUCAAGUAUUGAACCGUAACGCGCCCUCCAAGUUUGAAGGUCGGGACCAGGAGCGAUUGGAACUUAUGAAGAAAAUCAGGAUACCGCAGACGUGGAUAUUGACCGCGCAGGCUUGGAGGGCCAAAUAUGAGCACAAGCCGCUGCUUCAAGCCGAACACCUGGUAGCUGCCCGCGAGUGGACGGAGGCUCACCGGGUACUGGUUGAAGAAUUACUCACUGAUGCUGUACUAUCCGACAAGUUGUCAAGUAUCUCCGGCGUGGUGUGUGAGCUGAGCGCCGCUGCCGGCCGGCAUCUGGUGCGAGGCUGGAGCCCCGCCGCUGACUCGCUCACACACUACCUGCGGCUGUGCGAGGAGAUACGUGAUGUUGUGAACGCGGGCGGCGCGGGGGGCGGCGACGGAUUGAAGGCGCUCCGCCCCUCACUGACGGCCGCUUGCAAGGCGCUGGCGCAGUUUGAACCGAGGACUCCGAAGCAGUCUGCAGCUCAUUCCGAGAUGGGUGCACGUCUGGUGCAGUUGUCUCUAGCGGGUGGUAGGCCUUCGCCCCACAUGGCGGCGCUACUAGCGGCCCUAAGGCUGCCCCCGGACUGCGCAGCGGCCGCCGCUAGUAAGAUAGCAACUGACCUCGCUGAACGAGCAUCGGAGGUGUGCCUGGAGUCGGCUGUGAGGAACUAG